AUGUCUGCAUUCCUCGCCCGCCGCACCGUCUCCGCCGCCCUCGGGGCACGAGCCUUCAGCUCGACGACCGCCCGUCCCUUGGCCAAGAUCACCAUCCUCGGCAACCUGGCCGACACGCCCGAGGUGCACGCCACCAGCACCGGCCGCGAGAUUGUCAAAUACUCCGUCGCCAGCAACUCCGGACCCAAGGACAACCGCACCACCAGCUGGUUCAACGUCACCAGCUUCAAGACCGAGGGCGCCUCUCGCGACUAUAUGCAGAGCCUACCCAAGGGCACUACCGUCUACGUUGAGGGCGAUGUAUCCAUGAGCACGUACAACGACGCCGAAGGCAAACAAAGGAAGUCAAUCAACAUUGUUCAGCGCCAUCUCGAGGUCAUCAGGCGCCCCACUGAGCCUUCGUCGUAA